AGUGCUCCAUGCCUCUUGUUCGCUAGGAUGUCCGGAGCUGAUAACCCUGUCUCCUUUGUGCUCAAAGUGGGAGAUGAUAUUACCAGCAGCCUGACAGCAGGGAUCAAUGAAAUCAUCAAGCUGAUCCCUUCCGAGCAUCAAGAGAUUCCUUCCUCACAGCCGGUACCUGCUGCGCCCAACAACACACCAGGAAUUGUACCCGAGGGCGGCGGAUCGACAGGAGAAGUGGAGGAAAUUUGGGACGAGGAGGAAGCAGAGGACGAGCAGGAUGAAGAAGCGGUUGCCAGGUUGCUCCUGCAGCACCAAGAUACAGCAUGGAUCCAGGUUCGCAAGCAGCUUUUUGACAUGGAGGAUGAUUUCAAGGAAUGUGUUUACGAGAACUACCAUCUGUUGUGCAGAAAGUCGUUUGUACAGCGAUGGAUCAACUCUUGCAAUGGAGAUGUCGAGCGGACAGUGACCAGAUUGAAGAAACACUUGAAGUGGAGAACAAGUUACAAGAUCAACACAAUCCUGAGCGAAGAUUGGAGCCAAUUCGACCAAGAAGAGAUGUAUGCCAGUGGAAUAGACCUCAAUGGCAUUCCGUCCAUGACGUGGAGGUUGUCAAAACACAAGAGGAGUUCGAUCUCAGUGGAAGACUACAUGCGCUUCUUGAUAUGUGCUAUGGAGAAGACGUGGGCGACGAAUCCUUAUGCUGCUCAUAUGUCGUGCAUGGAAACUGUUGUUGAGAAUUACCCAGACAAUCUGGAGCACAUCUUUAUCUUCCCGGUGAUCUGGGUUGUGGAUCAGGUAGAUACCGACAUUGUUGUUGGUGUAAUUGUCAUUGUCGGGGGACAGGCUGUCAGUCUGGCAAAGAAGAUUGUUGCAGAGGAGACGGCGCGCAAAGUUUGA